AUGGCGGAUGACAAGAAGGUGAACGAAGAAGCAGCCCAAAUUUUGGGUCUUUUCCAGAACCUUCCUCGUCUUGUAGUCUUCGAUCUCGAUUAUACUCUCUGGCCUUUUUACUGUGAAUGUUACUAUGAGAGUGAUACCCCAUAUUUGUAUCCUCAUGCUAGAGGGAUCAUAGAUGCUCUGAAGGAUCGAGGAAUUGAGAUGGCCAUUGCUUCAAGAUCGCCAGCUCGCGAGAUAGCUACAACUUUUCUUGAAAAGUUGGGCAUAAGGUCUAUCUUUGUUGCUGAGGAGAUAUUCUCGAGCUGGACACACAAGACACAGCAUUUUCAGAAAAUUCACAAGAAGACUGGAAUACCCUUUGAGUCAAUGCUGUUCUUUGAUGAUGAAGAUAGAAAUAUUGAAGCGGUCUCAAAAAUGGGCGUUACAAGUGUUUUAGUUUAUGAUGGAGUAACACUUGAGGCUUUGAGACAGGGACUCUCCGACUUCUCCCAAGUAUCCAGUUCAAAUGGCAGAAAGAAGACAAAAUAA